AACAAAAAGUUCAGCAAUUAUGGGAAAAUGAACAUGUGUUUGAGAUUAAUGCACCCACAACUGAGGAAGAGCCCGAUGAUUCUAUUUUACAUGAAAAAUAUCCUAAACAUAUGGGAACUUUCCCAUAUCCCUACAUGAAUGGAAGAUUGCAUUUAGGCCAUCUUUUCACCAUUACAAAAGUUGAGUUUGCCACCGGCUAUGAACGAAUGAAAGGAAAGAGAGCUUUAUUUCCUUUAGGUUUUCAUUGUACUGGUAUGCCAAUUAAGGCUUGUGCCGAUAAACUAUCUCGUGAAAUCGAACAGUUUGGACCUGAGUUUAAAAUACCAGAUCAAAAUAAUCUAGAAGAAAGUGUCAAAAAUUUAGAACUGAAUGAUGACAAUGCUAUUAAAUCACAAGAUCCUUCUAAUACUGUAACUAAAGUGUCUAGCAAAAAAGGCAAAGUUGCUGCAAAGUCGACGGAUCUGAAAUAUCAAUUUCAAAUAAUGCAGAGUAUGGGCGUGCCUUAUAAUGAGAUUGCGAAUUUCUCGGACUCAAAUCAUUGGCUUUAUUAUUUCCCCCCAUUAGCCAUUUGGCAAAUGAGAAAAUUAAAGACUCUUAACAAGGUGAAAUUUGGUGAACGAUAUACUAUUUAUUCACCAUUUGAUGGUCAACCCUGCAUGGAUCAUGAUCGGCAAAGUGGUGAAGGUGUUGGUCCACAAGAAUAUACUGGAAUUAAACUUCAAGUUAUAGAAUGGAGUAAAGAGGCUCAAAAUGUUUUAGGUUCAAUUGAGGAGUUAAAAGACAAACAUAUAUAUUUCAUCGCUGCUACUUUGAGGCCUGAAACAAUGUAUGGUCAGACAAAUUGUUUUGUUGGAACUGGCCUAACUUAUGGCCUUUAUAAAAUAAAUGAGACGGACGUAUUUUUAUGCACUUAUCGAGCUGCCCGUAAUAUGGCAUUUCAAGGUUUUUCUAGCGAACGUGGCGUAGUUCAUCAAUUGGCUGAAAUUAAAGGUGCCGCUUUAAUCGGUACUAAAGUGAAAGCUCCAUUAAGUGUAUAUGAACACGUCUAUAUCUUGCCAAUGGAGAAUGUUUUAGCUACAAAGGGUACAGGUGUUGUCACCUCUGUACCUUCGGAUUCUCCUGAUGAUUAUACAGCGCUUCAAGAUCUCAAGAAGAAACCUGAUUAUUAUAAAAUUGAUCCUUCGUGGGCAGCUUUCGAUCCAGUUCCUAUUAUAGAUACGCCGGCAUAUGGUAAUUUAGCGGCACCAACAGUGUGUCAGCAAAAGAAGAUUAAUUCCCAAAAAGAUCGAGUACAAUUAGCUGAAGCCAAGGAUAUAGUAUAUAAAGAAGGGUUUUAUAAUGGUAUUAUGUUAGUUGGUGAUUACAAGGGUAAACAAGUGCAAGAGGCGAAACCUCUGGUCAAAAAUUUAUUGGUUUCCACUGGCCAAGGAUUUGUAUAUAAUGAACCAGAAGGUCUUGUAAUGUCUCGAUCUGGUGACGAAUGUGUUGUAGCAUUAUGUGACCAGUGGUAUCUGGAUUAUGGUGAAGAAGAAUGGAGGAAGCAGGCCGAAAACUGUUUAAAAAAAUUAAAUACAUAUGGAACUGAGACAAGGCACCAAUUCGAACAAACCCUUGCUUGGUUAAAUAAAUGGGCUUGCGCUAGGUCUUAUGGUCUUGGAUCAAGAUUACCGUGGGAUCCUCAAUAUUUAGUGGAAAGUGGUACUCUUGAUGGAUCGAAGCCAGGACCACUUGGAAUUCAGGCUUCAGAAAUGACAGAUCAAGUUUGGGAAUAUAUAUUUUGUGAUGGACCAUUCCCAACAACGUCCUCAAUCACACAGGAAAAACUUGAUAAAUUGAAGCGGGAGUUCAAAUAUUUUUAUCCUUUAGAUCUAAGAGUUUCUGGAAAGGAUCUGAUUCCAAAUCAUUUAACAUUCUUUAUUUAUAAUCAUGUUGCUAUUUUUCCCGAACGCAAUUGGCCUCGUGGUGUAAGAUCAAAUGGCCAUUUGCAAAUAAAUGGGGAAAAGAUGAGCAAAAGUAGUGGCAAUUUUAUGAUCGUUGCAGAAGCAGUGGAGAAGUAUGGUGCUGAUGCUACUAGACUUACUCUAGCAGAUGCGGGUGAUUCAAUUGAAGAUGCCAACUUUGAAGAAUCCACCGCUAAUGCGGCAAUUUUAAGGUUAUUUACACUGAAAGAAUGGUGCGAGGAACAAGUUAAAAAUCAAGAUAGUCUUCGCAUGGGCCCGACAGAUAGUUUCCAUGACCGUGCGUUUGAGAAUGAAAUUAACAAAUUAAUUCAACAAACUGACAAAGCUUAUGAAGACUCCUUUUAUCGUGAUGCACUUAAAUACGGAUUUUAUGAGCUUCAAACUGCGCGUGAUUGGUAUCGUGAAGCCACAGCGAACGAAGGAAUGCACAAAGAUCUGAUCUUGCGAUGGAUAGAAGUACAAGCAUUAUUACUAUCACCAAUUGCUCCACAUUGGUCUGAAUAUAUUUGGAGCGAAAUUCUAUCGAAGAAAGGCUUUAUCAUUAAUGCUCCUUUUCCGAAACCUUCACAUUCAGUCGACGAAAGUUUACUUGAAGCAGCAGAAUAUGUUCGAAAAAUAAUUAAAUCAAUACGUGAUUUAGAAAUUGCAUCACAAAAGAAAAAGAAGAAAGGUAAAGCAGAAGAUUUUGACCCAAACAAACCUAAAACACUUAAAAUAUUUAUUGCAACGAGUUUUCCGGAAUGGCAAGAUGUUGUUGUUGAAGCGUUAAAACAGAAUUUCAAUGAGGUUUGUAUUAAAUUGCAAUCUUUCAGGAUGAAAUAUUUAUCAGAAAAAGGAAUUUUGAAGAAUAAAAAGACUAUGCCAUUCGUUCAAGAGUUCAAAAAGCGGGUGGAAAAAUUUGGCACGGUAGCGUUUAACAGAGCAUUAUUGUUUAAUGAGCAUGAUGCUCUCGUGAUGUCUAAAGAAUACUUGCAGCGCAGUCUAGGGUAUGUUGAUGUAAAAGUUUUAAGAGAGGAUGAAGCAAAGGAGGAAGAAGAAAAAAGAGCAAUCGAAUUAGCGAUUCCUGGUGAACCCGGAUUUUUAUUUAAGAAUAUUGUAGAAAAGUAA